ACACCUGGAUGAGCCCUGGGAGCCCCGGGCAGGGCGAGGCCGGGGAGAGCCGAGUCUUGGCCUUGGUGCCUGCGAGAGCCACAGGAGGGCGGGUGGCCCAGCAGACCCCUCGCCCCCUCUCAGCGCCCAGGGUCCCUGGGACCGGGGGGGCAGGCCUCUGACAAGGUCACGUAGCAGGUCACCUGGCUGCUGCGGCCUCGGUGUCUCCCCCAGUGUCCUGCCCAAAUGCCCGUGGCUGCCGGCCCCGCUGCCUGGCACCUGCCUGCCUUCUCGCCAGCGUCAGGCCCCAGCGGUGUUGGCGAGGAAGAGCGGGCAGUGGGGUCCGUGUCAGUCCAUCGUCAACAGCUGCGACAGCGGUGAAAACGCCUCUCCCAGGAGCCCCUGGAUUCCCACCUCAGUGGGGACCCCCUUCUCAUCCCAGAGCAAGAAUCCCCUCCCCUCCCACCUGGGUCUGCAUUGCCUGCCGCAGGUGUGACCCUGCUCCAGCCCUUCCUCCAGGCGCCUCAGGGCUCUGCCUGGAUAUACAGGCUUAGGCCCGGAUGGUGGGGGCACCCACCCGCUCCCAGACCAGAGGCGGGCGUGCGGAUUGCCGGAUGCCGUAUGCCGUAGCGAGCUCUUCCUCCAUGCCCUGCGCAUCCACCCGCCACGCGGAUGAAAUUUGGUGCUAAUUUGCCCAAGGGCGUCAGAAGGAGCCCCUGCCCGGGUCCCCAAGAGGCGGCAUCGCGACAGUGUGCCCGCCCCCUGCCCACCGCAGAGCAUGGCCCGGCUGGACUUGGAGGAGCUGGCUGAGAUAGAGCUGCAGAGAGAUGAGGAGGAGGCAGCCGCGCUGGGGGCAGUGCGAAGACCCUCCGCGGUGGCAGCGGCCGACCAGGACCCCGCCCUGAGCUUGAGUCACCCCUUCUACGACGUGGCCAGACACGGCAUCCUGCAGGUGGGAGGGGAGGACCACCUCGGGAGACGCAUCGUCACCUUCAGCUGCUGCCGGAUGCCCCCCUCGCACGAGCUCAACCACAGGCGUCUGCUGGAGUACAAGAAGAACCUGAAGGCUCUCUACGUGGUGCACCCCACCAGCUUCAUCAAAGUCCUGUGGACCGUCUUCAAGCCCCUCAUCAGUCACAAGUUUGGGAAAAAAGUCACCUACUUCAACUACCUGAGCGAGCUCCGUGAGCACCUCAAAUGCGACCAGCUGGCCAUCCCCCCGGAAGUCGUGCGGUACGACGAGAAGCUCCGGAACCUGCACAAGGGCCGGCCACUCGCUCCCACCAAGAUGCCACCGCCGCGGCCCCCGCUGCCCACCCAGCAGUUUGGUGUCAGCCUGCAGUACCUCAAAGACAAAAACCAAGGCGAGCUCAUCCCCCCGGUGCUGCGAUUCACAGUGACGUACCUGCGGGAGAAAGGGCUCCGCACCGAGGGCCUGUUCCGGAGGUCAGCCAGCGUCCAGACCGUCCGCGAGAUCCAGCGGCUCUACAACCAAGGGAAGCCCGUGAACUUCGACGACUACGGGGACGUGCACAUCCCGGCCGCCGUCCUGAAGACCUUCCUGCGGGAGCUGCCCCAGCCGCUGCUGACCUCCAAGGCCUAUGAGCAGGUCCUCGGGAUCACCAGUGUGGAGAGCAGCCUGCGGGUGACCCGCUGCCGCCAGAUCCUGCGGGGCCUGCCGGACCACAACUACGCAGUCCUCAGCUACCUCAUGGGCUUCCUGCACGAGGUGUCCCGGGAGAGCAUUUUUAACAAGAUGACCAGCUCCAACCUGGCCUGCGUCUUCGGGCUGAAUCUGAUCUGGCCAUCGCAGGGGGCGUCCUCCCUGGGCGCCCUGGUGCCCCUGAACCUGUUCACCGAGCUGCUGAUCGAGUACUACGGGAAGGUCUUCAGCGCCCAGGACGCCCGCGGGGAGCCGGGGAUUCGCUACCCACUUCUGUCCAACUACCUGCACUACUCGGCUACGUCUGCGUCCGGCUCCUCCCCACCGGACACGGUCCUCAGGGGCUGGGGCACGCUGGCUCUCAGCGGGGCGCCCUGGCCCCUCACACUUCUGCACAAGGGAGGUGUGGGGACAGCCGUGCUGCAAGCAAGAGGCCUGGGCAGUCCCACCACAGCAGGCUGA